GAAUUUACCGUCAGUUCACGGUCGUUCGUCCAUUCGCCUUCUACGGGAUCAUGCGUGUAGUCUUGCUCCUCGUGUUCCUGGCGAACGCCAAGCUGAAAGGAUGUAGCGCAGAAGAGAUCUGGAAGCAGGAUUUGUCCGAGGAGAUGCGAAUAGGCACUUCCACAGAGGGCUACGAUCGCGUGGGACUGCGAUGUGGCGCCGAUAAGAUGACCGUGGAACUGCGAACCACUGAGGACUUUUCAGGAGUAAUCUACACACAGGGUAGUUUCCACUCACGAGAACCAUCCUGCUUUCUUGAUCCGGUUCGUGGUAGAAGUUUCACCAUGAACAUCCCUUUAAAUAAGUGCAAUACAGAAAAAGACGGCGAGAAGUACAACAACAUCGUGGUGGUGCAGCACGACGACGACCUGUUGACACCGGGAGACGCUGCUUUUACGUUAGAAUGCGACUUCUCGAAGCCGAGAGAUCACACGGUGACGGCAGAUCUUAAUGGGAGCAAGAGAAGAUACACAAGAUCCAGUAUAGCUCUCAUCGAUGUCGAUCCAGGAAGCGACAGGAAUGAAAGGGCCGCAUACGUGGAGAGCUACAGCGACCAAGUCGUUUUCAUGCCGGACGCCGCGUCUCGUAAGGCAAACGACGAAUUGUGAGACGCCAAUGUGUGCUAGCUAAUAAAGAGAUAAUCAGCAAAGAGAACAACACGAUUCCUCUUCGUUUCGCUGCUCGAACGCAGUCAUCAAAACGGCCAAAAUCGUCAUUCGUGGCACAUUUCUCGUCGACGAUCGUUGCUCGCGAAUUUUUCGGCUAGCACAAUCGGUGUCCCUACAAAACGCGGAGGAUCGAUAAUAGCCACGCUCUUCGAUAACGUGGCAAACACGUCAAAAACACCUACCCGAAUUAAUUUUCAGGAUAAAACGCGCCGUCGCCUCGGCAUUAUCUGAGCUAGAUCUCGCUAGUGAACCGCCGUCGAGAGAUUCCAGUGAGACUGCAACGCACUCCGCACUCUACAGAGAUUGUCAUUGCCACCGUUCACCACUGUUUUGUUUGUUGUUGUUGUUCAUAAUAUAUUAUAUAAUUCGUUGAUGAA